CACUGUUGUGCAAAAGUCACCAAAUUUGACAACUAUACUAAAAACCAUGAAAAUUUACAAAUCUUAGAAAAAAAAACUCCGAUUUGAACCUAAAAGACGUGGUAAAAACACAUCCACAGUUAUGUCGAUCGGGGGGCGCCUUUUCUCGCUCGUGGCGCGGGUCCCACGCACCCUGCACCAUGUAAACCGACCAUUAACAACUUCGUCGCUCCUCCGCACCAACUCCAUCGCCUCCUUUGAAGACGUAAAGUCGGUUAAGAAUCUCAAAGACACUGUCCUGAUAGACGUUCGAGAGCCCUCUGAACUCCAAGAAACCGGGGUCCUUCCCCACAGUAUCAAUAUCCCGCUGGGUGAAGUCGAGUCGGUUUUGGGUUGUCUAUCGCCCGACGAGUUUCAAAAGCGCUAUAACACCCCGAAACCGGACUUUUCCACGCCGAUUAUUUUUUCGUGUUACAUGGGGAAGCGGAGCGCUAGCGCUCAGCAGACGGCGGCUCGGUUAGGUUUUAAGAAUGCCAAGAAUUACGCUGGGGGCUGGGCGGACUGGGAAGACAAGACCAAGAGCGUAUAAUUUGGGUAAAAAUAGAGCAAAUCCUGAUGGUUUUGAUUUGUCAAUUUGUUUGUGUAUUGAUAUGCAAUUAAUAUUUCAAAAGUGAAAUUUUAUAGACGGUUGUGAAGGUCAGUGUAUUUUUAGUGUGAGUGGGUUCUGUAUUGAUUUAGUUAAAUGUUCGGGAUGUUUAAGAUUGGGGAAAAUAUUUUUACGCGUUUUUAAAAUUUUUUUGAUGAGUUGAGUGUAGGUUGAGUUUUGUUUUGUUCAGGUACGGCUUCAGGCGGUCUUGUGUAAAUAAUUAUUAAUUUCGUAGUUACGCAGAAUUUGCCAUUAAAUAUGACUGACCUUCCUCUAAUUAGUGUGAUAGGGGGAUCUGUAGGUCAAUUAAGAGUGUCUUAAGAACGCAAAUAUGAUGUUACGUCAUUGUGAAUAGCAACAAGAAUAAAAAAUUAGACAAU